UAUAUUAAACUAUGUCUUGUAGUGUUGAGAUAAUUGAUUUCAAGAGACCAGAAGGAAACAGAAAGAAUCUAUAUGUAAACAGCAUACCUGGCAGUUCAGAAGAAGAUGUUCAGGAAUAUCUGUACUCUGUGUUUUCUGUGUAUGGAUUGAUAAAUGGAAUACAAAUAUAUCCUUACUCUACAUCCAAUCAGUCUGAAAAAGUAGCGGGAUACUAUGCUUUUGUGACAUUUUAUUCUGUUAUAGCAGCACAUUCUGCUAAGGAAAGUCUAUCUAACAAGAUAACGAUUGCAGGAACAGAAUGCAAGAUAGCUUAUGCCAAAAGGAAGAAAGACGCACAAACGGUAGCUACACUGCACUUUUCUAAAUGCCAAGAGUUGGCAAAUUACUACUUAGGCUUCAAUGGCUGGUCCACGACUAUAAAACUGUUAAUAGAAGACAACGAGGAAGACAGUAGCGGUAAUGAUCUUCGUAAAGUUCGAUAUGUUUGUGUGACAAGAAUUGACAUCACUGGUCACCACCUUAAUUCUGAAGGAAUGGGCGCCUGGGAAGAAACAUAUCUAGUAAAAGACCCUACAAGCAAGGCCAAGGCUAUUUGUAAAAGUAAGAAGCUAGCAUAUCAGAGAUCCUUAGAAAAUGCAUUUUCGAAAGUAAUUCUUAUUGUAUUGCCUAACGGUAAAGUUACAGUGGAAGUUGAUACCACGCAACCAGAUCCUGUAAUUCUAACAGAAAAAGAGUUGGAUGACAGCAAUGUUUUAAAGGUAAAUGAACUGGACGAACUCCCAGAUGAAGAUGUUGAAGAUGUAAAGGAUGAAGUUGAUGAAGGCGUUGAUGCAAUUAACCUCCAUAUCUUACAUGAAUUAGAGGAAAUGUAGCGCAUGAUAAAAUGGAGAGAUUUGAGAUAUAUUUGAUCUCAGAGAAUCUAAGUACAGUGUUUCAGAGAAUCUAAUAUACAUUGUUUCAGAGAAUCUAAGUAUAGUGUUUCAAAGAAUCUAAGUAUAGUGUUUCAGAGAAUCUAAGUAAAGUUUACAAUAGCGAAAUGAGUUGGCCGAGGAGAGCUGUAUGACCAUUAAAUUAUGUUGUAACACAUUGGUUUAUUUUUAUAUAUUUAUGUUUUGUUAAAAACUAAAUCAAUUUUUUU